UAUUGAAUCAUUGAAGACAAGUUCUGACAUUUGCCCGUGAAACCACUCAGUCACGUAAAGCACAUCUCAUCAAAAUAGUCCUUUUCCUUCGCUCCUUUCAACUUCAACUCUCUCUCUCUCUCUCUCUCUUUUUACCAUCAUAGUUCUCAUUCCAAUGUCCCCAAUCCAACGCUCCUGAUUCACUCUCUCUCGUGGAUAAUCUAAACUAAAAUUUUCCAGUUUCCACUCAUUCCCUCGAGAGUUUAAAAAAAAAAAAAAAAAAAAAUCAAAAAUAGCAAAUGGGUUUUCCAAAACUCUCUCUAUCUUCUUCUUCUAUGGUUCUUCUGCUAGUUAUUAUGGUUAUGGUGCUAUCGUUUAGAGCAGAAUCAAAAACUUAUUGGGAGGAUAUAGAGGUUUUGAAGGAGCUGAAGAACGGGUUGGACUCUAACUCAGUGAGUCCAGGCUCAUGCAUUAGCUCCUGGGACUUCAAUGUUGACCCAUGCGACAACCUCUUCAGCAACCGGUUCACGUGCGGGUUUCGUUGCGACCUCAAUGUCUCAGAAACGAGCCGAGUCACCGAACUCAGUCUUGACCAGGCGGGUUACAACGGUUCCCUCUCUUCCAUUUCUUGGAACCUCCCUUACUUAGACACCCUUGACCUCUCCAACAACUUCUUCUCUGGUCCAAUUCCUGACUCACUCGCUAACCUGACUCGUCUGCGUCGACUCGGUCUCUCAAUGAACUCGUUCUCCGGCGAAAUACCCACCUCGAUUAGCUCACUCACUGAGCUCGAGGAGCUUUACCUCGAUAACAACAAGCUGGAGGGAGCAAUUCCAGCGAGUUUCAACAACCUAGUGAGCUUAAAAAGACUCGAACUCCAAUCAAACAAGCUCACAAGCGAGUUUCCCGAGUUGGGUUCUUUGAACAACCUUUCCUUUUUAGACGCUAGCAACAAUGCCAUCUCCGGCAAAAUCCCGUGGGUUUUUCCAUCAUCGCUGGUUCAAAUCUCCAUGAGAAACAACAGCUUAGAAGGAACAAUAACCCCAGAGAGUUUCCGAACUUUGGGUUAUUUACAAGUAAUCGAUAUGAGUCACAAUCGACUCAGUGGCUCAGUACCAUCCCUUAUCUUCGACCUCCCAUCACUGCAACAACUCACUCUCUCAUUCAACCAGUUCUCCUCCGUACAAGCCCCAGCUUCUUUAGGCACACAAAGCGAGCUCAUAGCUAUCGAUCUGAGCAACAACGAGCUCCGAGGCUUUUUACCUUCAUUCAUGGCGUUAAUGCCAAGGCUCUCCGCUUUGUCCUUGGAGAACAACAAGUUCACGGGUAUGAUACCGACCCAGUACGCCUUCAAAGCGGUAAUACCCGGACUCGGAAUCUCACCAUUAACGAGGCUGUUGCUUGGAGGGAACUACUUGUUCGGACCCAUACCGGAUCCUCUAAUGGGGCUCCAACCCGGUUCUGUAAACGUGAGGCUGGUUGAUAACUGCUUGUACCGGUGUCCGGUAACUUUCUUUUUCUGUCAAGGUGGUCAGCAAAAAUCAUUGGCAGAAUGUAGGAGCUUUGCCCCUGUAAUUCCUUAAACAAAUAAUACGACGUGUAAUUGAUCUUCUUGUGUUUU